AUGGUUCAGGAGCUGCUGGUUCGCUGCCGGGGCUUGCCCUUUGCCUGCACCGAAAGUCAGUUGCGGGAAUGGAUUGGAGACAAAGACAUCCAAUCCGUCACCCUGCCGAUGGGUCGUGAUGGCCGCCCCUCCGGCGAGGGCUUUAUCGUCUUCACCAGCCAGGAGGGAUACGACAACGCGCUCAAGAAGGACCGCGAAAACAUGGGAUCUCGAUACGUCGAAGUGUUCCCCGGAACUCCGCAAGACAAGGACAUCGUCGAACGCGCAUCAAAGGCCGGCGGCUGGGGAGUGUCUGCCCGUCGUGCUCAAAACUUCACUGCCCCCGAUACCCUUCCAUCAGGUGAAUACGUCGUUCGUCUCCGCGGCCUCCCCUUCGGCGCCGAAGCGAAGGAAAUUGUCAACUUCUUCUCCCCACUGCCAAUUACUACCGAGGGAAUCGCCUUCCCUUCGAACCGCAGCGGCCCUCGUGGAGCUGGGGAAGCCUAUGCUGCAUUCAAGGAUCGCGAGACGGCCGAAGAAGCCCUCAAAUACGACCACAAGAACAUCCAGCAUAGGUACAUCGAGGUAUUCAAGUCCACCCAAGACGAGAUGUCGGCCGCCGUGGGCGGUUACCCGGACGAAGAUAGCUACGAUACCGGCUACGAUACCGGAUAUGGAUACGAUCGGGCACCCGCUUAUGGAGGGGACUAUAGGCGGGGCGGGGAGGACCCCUGGGCGGCAUACGCUAGAGGAUCUGGAUAUGAUCAAUAUGGUGGUGGAGCUGCGGCUGGUGCUUUUGCCCCCCAGCAGGGCAACUACGAGAAUUGGCGUGGACAAGCCCCGGCCGGCGGUGGCGGCGGUAAUCGUCGUUUCGUGCUGAAGAUGCGUGGCAUUCCGUUCCGGGCCACCGAGGCUGAGAUUUACGAUUUCUUUGGCCUGAAUCGCCCGACCAACGUCGAGAUCCUCUUCGAGUCCAAUGGACGAGCCGCCGGCGAAGCCCGUGUCGAGUUUGGCAGCCGUUCGGCGUACGAUGAAGCUUUGAGGAAGGACAAGGAGUAUAUGGGCUCCCGAUACGUCGAGCUGUUCCCCGAUACUCCCGGUCACUAC